CGUGAUCUUACGAGACUUUAGAUCACAGAUUUCUAUAUAUUUAUAUGCUAUAAAAUCAUUGGCAUUUUUAUUUUUAUAUGUGUUCUAUAUAUACACUUGGCUGCCCGCUGUCCUUGCUUCACAUAAGAUAAAGCCGUGUUAGCAGUCUAAGUAUAAUAUAUAGAAGUCUGUGCUUUAGACAUCUUCGAUACACCAACUGGCGUAUAGGUAAAUUCUUUAUAAAAGCCUGAAUAGCUAAAAAAGAAGAAGACAUUUUCGAGCCGAAAAAACACUCAGAAGAAUAUAAGAUAAAGAAUAUUUCUUUGCGAUUCAGAAGAAUUGUUUUGCUUUUAGCUUAUUAAAAUGGCAAAACACAUAAUAGAUCCUGCAGUAAAUGGAUUCAGACUCGAAGAUUUGAUAGGCGAAGGUGGAGUUACUUUUGAAAUUGGAGACGAGUAUCACGAUGAUGACGACGAAGAGUUCUCAUAUUCUCCAUUUGUACAAUUUAGCAAUGAGGAAAUGCUAAAUAUGUUAAACAUGAAUGGUUUUGACGAUGAAGAUGUUAGGGAUGAUGAGAAAGGAUCUGUAUCCCUUUAUGGUAUGAGCUUUGCGAAGUUAAAAGCGAAGAUGACAAGUUUAACCCCAAAUCAAAAAGUCAUGAAAUUUGUUAAGCAAAAGGGUGUUGGAGAGGUUGUUCCUUCUAAUGCUCAAGUUACCAUUCAUUAUAUCGGAUAUUUUGAAGACAGAGAUGAACCUUUCGAUUCAACUUAUUCUUCUGGAAAGCCAAGGACACUGCGUUUAGGCCAAGGGUAUAUUAUACCUGGUUUAGAGAUUGGCAUAUGUACUAUGCAGAAGCAUGAAAUAGCAGUAUUUCUAAUACAUCCCGAUCUUGCUUAUAAAGAUAUUGGCUGUCCGCCACGUAUCCCUCCCAACGAGGAAGUAGUAUUUGUUGUCCAUUUAAUUGACUACCUUGACGAUGGUUCUGCAGAUACUUAUCAAAAUCUUAAAAUAGAAGAAAAGCACUCAUUUAAGCAUGUGGUAGAGCCUGUAAUACAUAUGCUUGUGGCUGCUAAGGAUAGUUGUAAAAAGUAUAAUACCAAACGGGCAAUACGAGAAUAUAAAAAAAUAAUUGAUUGCUUAGAAAAUGUGCAAUUAAAAGAUAGUUUGGAAGAGAAAGAAAUGAAUGAAUUGCUUUCAAAGGCUUAUACUAAUCUUGCGAUAUGUUAUAAUAAAAUAGAGUUACCACGUAAUGCCUGCAUGGCCUGUAGGCGAGUGCCGAUAUCAACAACUAAAACUUAUUACAAUUUUGGUAAAGCUUUGUGUAAUCUUGGAGAGUAUGCUGAAGCAAUGAAGGAGUUGCAAAAAGCUUAUACAUUGGAGCCACGAAAUGAAGAUAUUAGAAAAGCAAUUAAGCUAACGAAUGUGAAACAACGCCAAUAUCUGGAAACUGAAAAACGCUUGUGGGAAAAUUGUUUCAAGUCUGGAAAUAAAGAAAUAAAAGUUAACGAAUUCCGAAAAGUCAUACGUGAUAUAUGUGAAAUCGUUAUCAAUGGUAAUGAUAUAAGACGCUCUCUUCCUGAAGGUCUUACAGAAGAAGAGCUUCAAAUCGUACGUGAAGAAGCUGCUGUAUUAGGAUUGAAUAUUGUUACAUCUUCAAGAUUUGGCAAGGAACUUGUGUAUCUUCAAAAGAGCAAAGCAUAAAAUUAAGUUCUUGUUCAUUAAAAUUGCAUCAUUAUAGAAUUCUUAAUACCAUGUUGGACUGUUAUAAGUUAUAAUAAUACUGUGGUAAUAAUAAUAUCACUAUUUUAAGAUUUUUUGAGCGAAUCUUAAGCUUUUUCUUUUUUUGAUUACUUGAUUGACAAUGCUUAAGUUUUUCGAUGAGUUGCUGGGGAGAUUUAUAGGAUAAUUCAUAUGAGUCUGUUGGCUCUCUACAAGAAAGUGAUUUCUAGUAUUUUUCUUAUGAAAAUCCAACAUUGUAUAUCCUUAAUAAUAUUGACAUUUCAGAAUGCGAUCAUAUAUAUUCCCAAAGAUUAAAUAUUAGUUUUCUAUCCUUUAAGUUUAUAAUUUUGUGAUAAUCUUAUAUUAUCUACACGUUUUCUAUGCCAAAAGAAAAAUAUAUCAUAAUUAAUUUUCUUUAUAGACAAAUAUAGAUCUUAAAA